UGUCGGGCUGAGCAGAUGGCGGCGCCGCUGCGCGGGCGGCUGCGGGCGCUGGCGGCGGCUCUGGGAGGCUGCGGGCUGCUGCUGGGCUCGGCGCUGGCGGCGGGCGACGAGCGGCUCUACGCGGCGGCGAUGCCCGCGCUCCGCGUCCUCCCCCCCGAGGCCGCCCACGGCCUGGCCCUGCGCGCCGCCGCCCUCGGGCUGCUGCCACCCGCCCGUCCCGACGGCCCCGUGCUGGAGGUGCGAGUCCUCGGGCAGCGGUUCCGCAACCCGGUGGGCCUGGCGGCUGGCUUCGACAAGCAUGGCGAGGCUGUGGAUGGGCUGUACAAGAUGGGUUUUGGCUUUGUGGAAGUAGGGACUGUCACACCCGAGCCCCAGGAGGGGAACCCCAGACCCAGGGUCUUCCGGCUGGCAGAGGACGAGGCGGUCAUUAACAGGUAUGGGUUCAAUAGCCACGGCCAUGUCGCAGUGGAGCGGAGGCUGCGGGCCCGCCAGGAGACACAGCUCAGGCUCACUAGUGCGGGGAUGCCCCUUGGAGUCAACCUGGGCAAGAACAAGAGCUCUACUGAUGCUGCAGCUGACUACGUGGCUGGGGUCCGGAUGCUGGGCCCUUUGGCUGACUACCUGGUUGUGAAUGUGUCCAGCCCAAACACCCCAGGGCUGCGGGACCUGCAGGGCAAGACUGAGCUGCGGGACCUGCUGACCAAGGUGCUGGUGGAGAGGGACAUGCUGCCCUGCAAGCGCAAGCCAGCCGUGCUGGUGAAGAUUGCCCCUGACCUCACUGCGCAGAACAAGCAGGACAUUGCUAGUGUUGUCUGCGAGCUAGGUGUGGACGGGCUGAUUGUCAGCAACACCACCGUGAGCCGCCCCAGCAGCCUCCGGAGCAGGCAGUGCACAGAGCCUGGGGGCCUCAGUGGGAAGCCCCUGCGCGAGCUCUCCACGCAGACCAUCAGGGAGAUGUACUCCCUCACCCGAGGCCGGGUGCCCAUCAUUGGGGUGGGUGGGGUGAGCAGUGGGCGCGAUGCCCUGGAGAAGAUCCGCGCUGGAGCCUCGCUUGUGCAGAUGUACACGGCGCUUGUGUACCAUGGACCGCUGGUGGUGGGGAUGGUGAAGCAGGAAUUAGAGGAGCUGCUGAGGGAGCAGGGGUUCAAGAACGUCAUGGAGGCAGUUGGAGCAGAUCACCGGUGCUGACGUGCCACAGAACCAACGUCUAGCCGGGAGGAGCCGUGGCCAAGCAGGGACAGGUCUGAUGCUUCCAGUGCUGGGCAGGCUGGGACUGAGCUGAGGUCCUGGUCCAAGCCCCUGAGAAGGGUCAGUGAUGGCUGAAGCUGGGGCUGCACUGGUGGGGAGCAGGGGAGGGGGCCUCCACACUGGUGCCGCUGUCCAGGGCUGUAUUUUGGCUUUCCUGUCGGUUGGGGUCCCCAGCAGAAACCAGCACUGGGUAAGGCUCAAGGCUCUGCUGGGUGGCGAGGAAGGCCCCUGAGGGGACAGCCCUGCAGUUCUGUGCCCUGCCUCCUGCUGCAGCGCUGCCCCAUGGAGAGCACACCUUCCCUGGUGUUACUGCCCAGAGCCGUGGGCCAAGCAGCAUAUUGGGUGUCCCUUCUGCCGGGGAUGCCACAGCCCAUGCUGCCUGCUCUGGCUGGCGCUCGGUCCUCCUGCACCGCAGCCUCUGCAGGAGGGUCUGCCCUCCUGCCUUCUCCGCAUGUGAUCCUGUAACAAACCUGCAGGUCCUGGGUCCUGCCUGAGUGUCAAUAAAUGUUUGGCUCACCUG